AUGUCUUACCUACAACAAUUCAAUAUUGUGAUACAGUACCAGAAGGGAGCAACUAAUAAGUUAGCAUAUAUGUUAUCUAGAUCACCUACACCAGUUAGUUCCGCAUUGCUGGUGGCUGUACAAAUCCAACCCAUUGUUCCUUCUGAAUAUGCCAAAAGGUACAACACAGAUGUUGAUUUCAACCCAACCUAUACCAAGCUGCAACAAGGAAAGACUAGUGCGUUCCAAUUGAAGGAUUGA